UCAUCAUCUCUACCUAUUUAGAACCAUUCAUCCCCACUUAUUUCUUUUGAUCUCGUAAAAGAUGGAGUUGGGAAAAUCAAUUGAGAACCAAAACGACGUGGUGGUAAGACUAACAAAGCAUGUCAUCUCUACCAUUGCCAAUGGUUCCAACCUUGUCUUCUCACCAACGUCAAUCAACGUUUUGCUCAGCCUCAUCGCGGCCGGUUCAAGUUGUGUGACCAAUGAAAAAAUCCUCUCAUUCCUCAUGUUACCGUCAACGGAUCACCUCAACAUAGUCUUGGCCAAAAUCAUAGACGGCGACACGGAGACAAGUGAUUUGCGCUUGUCUAUAGCCAAUGGUGUUUGGAUCGACAAGUUUUUCUCCUUGAAGCCUUCCUUUAAAGCGCUUUUGGAGAAUUCUUACAAGGCUACUUGUAAUCAAGUUGACUUCGCAACCAAGCCUUCUGAAGUGAUUGAUGAGGUGAAUACAUGGGUUGAAGUCCAAACUAAUGGACUCAUCAAGGAGAUUCUUUCACGCGAUUCUAUCGAUACUAUCCGUAGCAGCACACUCGUUCUUGCAAAUGCAGUCUACUUCAAAGGAGCAUGGAGCAGUAAAUUUGAUGCAAACCUGACAAAAGAUAACGAUUUUCAUCUGCUUGACGGUACCUCGGUGAAAGUCCCCUUCAUGACCAAUUACGAGGACCAGUACCUAAGAAGCUAUGAUGGUUUCAAAGUUUUGCGCCUCCCUUAUAUAGAGGAUCUACGUCAAUUCUCUAUGUACAUUUAUCUUCCUAACGAUAAAGACGGAUUAGCUGCUCUGCUUGAGAUGAUAGGCUCCGAACCAGAAUUUAUCGAUAACCAUAUUCCGCUCCACCGUAUAUCAGUUGGUGCUUUCCGGAUCCCAAAGUUUAAAUUCUCUUUCGAGUUUAAUGCUUCAGAAGUUCUGAAAGAUAUGGGGCUGACUUCACCAUUUAAUAAUGGAGGUGGUUUAACUGAGAUGGUUGAUUCACCUUCCAACGGUGGAGAUCUAUACGUCUCAAGCAUUCUUCAUAAAGCUUGUAUUGAAGUGGAUGAAGAGGGAACCGAAGCUGCAGCCGUCUCCGUUGGCGUCAUAAUGUGCACUUCUUUGAGGCGGAAUCCGGAUUUCGUAGCUGACCGUCCAUUUCUGUUCACUGUCAGAGAAGACAAGAGUGGAGUGAUUUUGUUCAUGGGUCAAGUUCUUGAUCCUUCAAAACAUUAAUUGAACUUGGAUGUGUGGGAGAAAACAUUAAGCCACCAUAUAUUAUGUUGUAUUUUGUGUAUAUUCAUGGUUUGAUGGAAUUGGGUUCCUCUUUUUACUGCUUUGUGUGUGAUUAAUAAAAGUGAUUAUUGUCAAGA